AUGAAUCCUAUGACAAAUGUGAAGAAUGUUCUUAAAUUAAGUGAACGCGAGCUAUCCGGUAACUCAAAAACUUCAUGGCAUGAUCAAUAUAAAGACAGUGCAUGGAUAUUUAUUGGAGGUUUGCCUUAUGACCUAACUGAAGGGGAUGUUAUUUCCGUGUUUUCACAAUAUGGUGAAAUAGUUAACAUAAAUUUGGUACGAGAUAAAGAAACAGGUAAAUCAAGAGGAUUUGCAUUUAUAUGUUACGAGGAUCAAAGGUCGACUAUUCUUGCUGUAGAUAAUUUAAAUGGAAUUAAAAUCUUAGGACGCACAAUUCGGGUAGAUCAUUGUGAACAAUAUCGUGCUCCAAAUGCUGACAUGACAAAAGUAGAUGAAUUGACUGCAGCUAUAAGAACUGAUGGCUGUGCUCCUUCACAGAUAAUUAAAUCAGAACCAAUAAUCAAGAAGGAAAAAGAGGAAAAGGAUGUAAAAAGUAAAAACAAAGAGAAAAAAUCUAAAAAGAAAAAGAAGAAGAAAAAAAGUAGUAAAAGCUCAAGCUCUGAUUCUGAAGCCUGA